CGAGCUUUGAGACGCCCCGCGUAAAGAGGUGAAUUUCCAUUCUGGCCGUGUGCGCACAGAGCACUUGCAAGACCGCCCAUCCCCCCGGCAAAGUGAACUAAACAGCACACGCUCCAGGCGAGACAUUUCCAGUGACGUCAAACUUUUGAAACGUCGUGAGCCACAAAUUGACCAUGUCCAUCGUCUGCCUCGUAAUCAUUUAUUCUCAAUGUUGCUCAGAGCCACCAGGGCACCUUGCCGGUUCCAACAAAGUGCAGCACUACAACGCUUGAUGCGCACAUGUGGUCCUGGCGUAUUCAAGGACGAUGUCGCGCAGUCACGAAGCUGUUCUAUACGAUCGGGACGAUGUUCACGGCUUGAUCGCAUCGGACUGAUAAUGGCGGAAGGGCUCCAUCCCAAGGAGUUUUCGUUCCCUGGACAAUUGCUGGUCCAACGCAUCGAAGAGCCACGAUUUGCAAUGUGCAAGUGCUGGGUGAACUCCUCCUGGGAGGUAGCCCUUUUGCAUUCCAACGUCCCGAACCUUAGAGUGUCUCGCCCGGCAACGAUGGAGAGAGAUCUGUUUUCUCGGCGUCGAGUGGUCUCUGGAGCCGCACGGACCUUCCAAGAGCAUCAGGAUUCCGGUUCAUUGCAUUUGGAGCCUUGCCCGCUUCUUCACCACAAUGUUAAUCUUUGUAGAUGAUGUAAAUCACGGCGCGGUCCCGUACAGUCGGCAACUACCUACAUACGGAAAGUCUGACAAAGUACAGUAAGUGGUUGCGGAGGCUUUGGGGGAGCUCGCUGCCUAGAAUACCGCGCCGCAUGCCGAUCGUAGAGCUUGCAGUCUGAG